AUGAAGAUCGCGGCGCACAGCGUCGAAGAAGGCGCCUCAACUCUUGGCAACAACAUCAAGGCCAUGCCAUCUGUGAUUCGCCGGCGUCAACCCCGUGUCUCGCCUACCCGCUUUCGGGAUGAAAUACUUGGUUCGGUAGCUUCGAACACAGUGCCCCCAUUAUUCGCGCUCGACGUAUUAUGGCUGGCCUACACUACAUGGUUCGCAAAAGUGAGCGAACCUGCUGCUGCUAUUUCCAAAAACGACUCCUCCAAAAAGAGAUGGAGAUGCUUCUGCACGUUGUGGGACUACAUCCUUGACUCCCUCCACAGGAUCUAUCACAUCCACAUCUCGGAUCUUGCACUACCCCAAUCCGGAAACGGUACCCAAGUGGCAGGGAUGCGAGUCGCGAUAAUAGGCGCAGGCCCGUCUGGGCUCGUGACACUCAAGUAUCUGCUGGCCGCGGAAAAGGCUCUGGGGACGGAACCUGUCGAGGCACGCCUCUUUGAGUCUGAUGGAGGCGUUGGGGGGACGUUUCUGGCGAGGACAUAUGAGGAUGCUGAGCUAGUGUCUUCGAGGCAGCUCACCUGCUUUUCCGAUUUUCGGUGUAAGAGUGAUGAGCCAGACUUUAUUACUGCCAAGCGCUACGUUGAGUACCUCAACGAGUACUGUACACACUUCGGUCUGUGGCCAUAUAUAAUAUUAUCCUGUUUGGUAAAACGUGUUGAGAAACGACUGGGGGGUGGCCAUGCCGUACGAUAUCUACUCAGGGGGCAACAACACGUCUGGGAAUGCGAUGCAGUAGCCAUAUGUUCAGGGCUGCAUGUCGAACCCAGCAUCCCCGAGAUCAAAGGCAUCGAGAAGGUGCCGGUGGUGUUUCAUUCUUCGCAACUAAAAAGAAAGGAUCAGUUUGGUGUGGGAAAGACUGUGCUGGUGUUGGGUAGUGGCGAGACUGGAGCUGAUGUUGCCCUACUUGCUAUCACUUCGCCAACGCAGCGAGUAGUCCUAUGCCACAGGAAUGGUUUCCACCUAGCCCCUAAGAGGAAUCCAAAUCCAAGACUGAUACUGAGCCGAAGGCGAAGUCCGCUUGAUCGCCCUCAAGUACCGAUCGAUGUCUCCCGGGCGAGUCUUUUUGACACGGCGUACGUACAUCCUUGGCUUAGAAACAGUUUCGUGCUCUGGAAAUACUACGAUUACUAUGUUAGAUGGAUUCUCUGGACAUCCUGGGGUACGACGCACGGAACCGACCAAUGGAUAGGAGAAAAGCCUAAGGGGUGGUCUACUUCUGAGAUAUUCUUCAAUAAAUCGGGAUAUAAGCUCAGUCCGUAUCUUAACAAUACUUGGAAGCCAAGAGGAUCUCGAGGGUUUUUGGAACGGUGCCGUUCGUGGAUAGUGAAAACGCCUGACACAAAGGAUGUCACUCAGGGAAGGCAAGUAGACCUCGCCCCGUGGCCAGAGCGCAUAGACGAUAACGGCGUUGUUGUGUUCAAGGAUAACGGAAGACCUGAGUAUGUUUUUAUGAAGGACAAAGCCAUAAAACCUGAUGUGAUCGUCUUUUGUACAGGCUACACGCACGAAUUCCCCUUCCUUGAGGAAGAGAGGCGUGAUCCUCGCUACUACGAUGGCAAGAUGGUGAGAGAGAUAUGGCCGCGGGAUGAUCCUUCCAUUGGAUUCAUUGGCUUCGUCCGACCCAAUCUAGGCGCCAUCCCACCACUUGCCGAGUUUCAAGCUCAACUUUGGAUCCUAAACCUACUUGCUCCUGCGCGGGUAGUAGGCGCUCCUCUAUCCCCGCAUGAUGAGCCACACUAUCGGCUGUUCUCGAAGAAGCAUGCGCGAAUCACGUAUGGCGUGGACCACGAGAGCUAUGCUUACCAGCUGGGGUUGGACAUGGGUUCGGCUCCUUCAUUUUUCGAUAUCUUACACGUCGGCUGUUCGAAGAGCACAGCCGAGGGCGGCACCGUAAGCAGCGGCCACUGGUGGAAGAUGAUACUUGUAUGGGCCCUCGGCGCUAAUUUUAAUACGAAGUUUAGACUGCGUGGCCCUUGGGCGUGGGAUGGUGCCAACGAGGUCAUGGUGACUGAAUUCUGGGACACCAUAGCCAGGAGAGAGAUUUUCUUUGGCCACUUCACCCUUUCCAUCAUUCCAAUGCUUAUAUUUGGGCCGAUGAGCCUCCUUGUCUUCCUUUAUGCUUCUCUGCAUUGCCUACUUAUAGAGAUAGCCUAUUCAUUAAGAGCGGUCGGAACUCGAGCAUUCCGGAUGAGUAGAUGGAAAUUCUUCUGA